UUCCCCCUCGAAAGACCCUCAGUCCGCAGGAAAUGAACCUCGGAGGUGUGUCAGCCGUCUCCUCGAACGCAGACGCGGGCUUUCGAAUGAAUUCCCUCCACGGAUUCCUCCGCCAGAAACUGGCCUUGCCGCGCCUCCACUUCCGGGUCUGCCAUUUUGUUGCGUCCAUUUCUCCACGAGGGGGGGUUAAAGGCCCCCCAAAGACGCCUAUGUGAAAAGGCCAACAAGUAACCGUCGGUGACAGGGGGUCUGAACUGGAGAAGGAAACGGGAGCAAACUGGCGGGCUCGGCGGGAACGCAGCCGGCAGCGCCCCGGACGCGGAGCUUCCUAGAAACUUUUGUUCCUAUGCAUAAAGAUGUCUUUGGUGGACUUGGGAAAGAGGCUGCUAGAAGCAGCAAGAAAAGGCCAAGAUGAUGAAGUGAGAACGUUGAUGGCAAAUGGUGCCCCAUUCACCACAGACUGGCUUGGAACAUCACCCCUCCACCUUGCCGCCCAGUACGGUCAUUAUUCCACAGCAGAAGUGCUCCUUCGAGCAGGAGUUAGCAGGGAUGCCCGGACCAAAGUGGACAGGACCCCCUUGCACAUGGCUGCAGCUGAUGGACACACACACAUCGUGGAACUGCUUGUUAGGAAUGGUGCAGAUGUGAAUGCCAAGGACAUGUUGAAGAUGACAGCUUUGCACUGGGCCACAGAGCACCACCAUCGAGAUGUUGUAGAGCUGCUUAUCAAGUAUGGAGCUGAUGUCCAUGCUUUCAGCAAAUUCGACAAAUCUGCCUUUGACAUAGCCCUGGAAAAAAACAACGCUGAGAUACUGGUCAUUCUCCAGGAAGCAAUGCAGAAUCAAGUGAAUGCUACUCCCGAGAGAGCCAACCCUGUGACUAACCCUGUGACGAUGGCUGCUCCGUUCAUCUUCACUUCAGGAGAAGUUGUCAGCCUCGCUAGCCUGGUUUCUUCAGCCAACACCAAAACAACCUCAGGUCACCCCCAUGCCUCAACAGUACAGUUCUCAAAUUCUUCCACCUCAGUGCUGGCCACUCUUGCAGCUCUUGCUGAGGCAUCAGCCCCCCUCUCCAACUCACCCAGAGCCACAGUCAAUUCAGAGGAAAUCUUAGAAGGAAAUUCUGUUGAUUCAUCAAUCCAGCAAGUGGUGGGAAGUGGAGGCCAAAGAGUCAUCACCAUAGUGACGGAUGGAGUCCCUCUGGGUAAUCUACAAACUGCACUCCCUACUGCAGGCAUUGGGCAGCCGUUGAUUGUGACUGUGCAGGAUGGGCAGCAAGUUCUAACUGUACCUGCUGGUCAGGUUGCAGAGGAGACUGUAAUUGAAGAAGAAAAAGAAGCAGCAGAAAGAUUGCCACUGUCAAAGAAACCAAAGCUGGAAGAGAUGACAAACAGGGUGGAGGAAAGUAAGGGAGGCAGUGAGCGAGCACUACUGCAGCAGCAGCUCCAGGAGGCCAAUCGCAAAGCGCAGGAAUAUCGACACCAGCUCCUCCAGAAGGAGCGAGAGGCAGAACAGUACCGCCUCAAGCUCGAGGCCAUGGCCCGGCAGCAGCCCAAUGGAGUUGAUCUCGCCAUGAUUGAAGAGGUGGCUGAGGUAGAUGCUGUAGAAGUCACAGAAGGGGAAGUAGAAGGGAGAGGAACACAAAUGACCAGGGCACCAGAGACCAUGGAGCCUCAUCCUGGAGUUUCCAUGGAAACCGUUUCAUCUUAACAUGCAAGAGCCACAACUUGCACUAUGUCCACCUUUUUCACCUUAUAAAAAAAAAUACCAGGGACAAACAUGGUCUAAAAAUUAAGAAUGGCCUUAAGUAGAGAACUAUAGCAGGGCACAAUACUGUGGCUCAGGAAAGCUCUCUAUGCAACUGGAAAAUUCAUGGCCACAUUUAGGGGACAAUUUUUUCUGAGGGGCCAAAAGAAAAAGGACCAAUUUAUUCAGCUCACUGUCAUUCCUGUAAGAGUAGUAGUAAAUGAAUGCUGGAUGUUGUGGAUUCUUAAAUAAUGACUUUCUGUCAAAAGAUUUUUACAGUAACAUUCCAGAGCCUUAAUAAUUGUACCAUCAAGUGACCUGAAAAUUUGCCUUGAGUUUAUGAUGUAUAUCUGUGGUAGAAGAAAACUAAUUGUGGGGCGGGAGGGAGAAAGCGAGGAAGCCAGCUUUGGGCACUACAGAAGGAAAUCACUGCCAAAGAACAGGCUCUCCCAACUGUUAUGAGGUACUUUGACCAGAAACACGCAAUUGCCUAGCAAACUGACAUCAUUGCAGGUCGCAGCUCAGAUGCCUAAAAAAUUACAAGGGAGUUUUCAAAACCAGGAAGGAAAGAAACUUGUUUAUGUGGGAGGAGUGUGUGUAAGACCAGACCGUCUCCAGGCUGUGCUUCCACAGUGUGCUGGAAAGCGGCCCGGAAGAGGCUCCGGGGUCAGGAAACAGUCUGGUCCGGAGACCAAACUCCACUCUGGCUGGGUUUUGUCAAAUCGCAAACAGGAGGCUAGUCUGUUGUCAGAACAACUUGCUUUCAGACAUAAUCUUUAUGUAACACAAAGCUCAAGCUCGGUAAUUUUAUGAAAUUCUGUUUUACUUUAUCACUAUCAUCUGGGACACAUGUGCCUUUCUGUGGGGUUUAGAUGUUAGCCUCUCAAAUGCAAAAAGAAAAAGAAAGGGGGGAAAAGCGAGAGAUGAAUCCUGAGGCUCUUGCUUGGCCCAGUUUCGGUUUGCUUUGGGGUGAGGACCCUGCCCCGUUUUCCAGAGCGUGGCCUGGUACAGAGCUCUGCCUCCCAGGUACCCAGUGCAUGUUGGCAAGGGGAAUGAGAUCCACCAGGGCCAUGGCGCGCUGAACCAAAGAUUCUGCCCAGAUACCGGUCUCCUUUUCGCCCGUCUCCUGCUCCCUUGCUUCCUUCUGUCCAGAGGCUUUGGGAAGUGUUGCAUUGCGGAGUUUUCUUAGUGUGGGCGCGGAACGUUCUCAAAUGAAAUUAACAUGGAUGGAGAUAGAGGAGUUGGAGGAGGGUACAUUACAAGAGGAUAUUGCCUUUGAAAUUUAGCCCGCGGCAUUCUAGACUUGCUUGCUUUGUUGUAAAUUAGAAGAAGGAAACCAGAGGGAGAUGUGCCAAGUAAACAAUUUGAACGACUAUUUAGAAUGCGUUUUCUUUAUAGUGAUCAUGGGAAAACAUGCAUUUUUAAUUUGGAAAAAAACUUGACAGUUAACAUGGCUCCAUUUACCUUGAUUAGCAAAGUAAUUUGCUGCAGUUUUCCAGAGGUGCAGAAUCAUUUUGGGCUCAAAAUAGACUGAAAACAUAACUCCUUAAACCAAAUUUAACAAACCACAAUUGGCUAUUAGAAGUUUAUAGGCAAAAAAAUAUAUCAGCUUUGAAAUUGGCCUUGGCUACUGGCCACCUUAGCUAGAUUUCCUCCACCGACCUGAGGACAAUGUACUUCCCGGAUGAGGGGGGUUACUCAGGGCUGUUGGGGACGGUGGAAGAACGGCAGUGGAGGGCCCCAGGAAGGGUGAGGAUGAGAGUGUGGGAUCUGUUCGCGGAUCACCCUGUCCCUGUCUGUGGUGUUUUCCUCUGUUCCCUUUGGGAACCAGGUGCUAACAGUAGGCUGCUUUGGCGCCAUUUCAGAGCCUCGGCUUUACUAGCGGGACCAAGUAUCAUUUCAGAUGUCUUCUGUUUAUGUUAUUAGUUCAUAUGCUUGUUCCUUUGAAAAAUAGAUAUAUACAUAAAUUGUUUUUGGAACGGAAUCUCUUGGUAAUGGUGUUGGAGGGUAACUCUACAGAAGAUAUCCAGGCCCGGCACUCACUCUAGGAGAGCUCAUGAUUGAGGGCAGCCCCCUCUAAGCACAGUCAGGUUCCGCCUUUGGGAGGGGAUUGUGUGGUUAUAGCUCUUUCUAGGAGGCUAGUACUCCUGUCCUCUGAGGAGUUUGUGAGGGGAGGAAGUAGAGAGGGAGACGGGAAGAGCUGGAGAGGGGUAGAUUUUCUGUACUCAAAGAAUCCAUUGUUGUUUUACUUGGGGAAUAGACCUUUUAGCACCUCAGAACAAGGAAAUCGGUUUUGCUCUCCAAUGGUGUUAUCAUGGAGUGAAAGGUAGGUCAGGACACCUUGAAGUAGCUAGAAGAUAAAUAUUAAAGUGCAUUAAGGACAAUACCAUUUCCCAGUUUUGCUUAUUUUUCUGGAUCAACCAUGGAAGUUGGGAAAUGUUUAGAUCUUCUCUGAUUUGUUGGAUUCCAACGAACUUAUUACCAGCUUUGAUUACAGAGGAACAGAACCGUUCCCACUCCCCGAACGUGUUUCAGAGUUGGUAUUUGAGCAGGAGAAAUUUGGAGUCUAGGAUGAUUGCCUGCUUUAAAAUAAAGCUGCUUUAGCAAUAUCAGUAUUAAUGUCAGAAAUUUUAGACUCUGCAUUUGCAUUUUGGUCUUCAGCCUUUCCCCCCAAAAAGGAAAGAAAGCUUAAUUUCUUGUUCCUAGCUCCAGGGAAAUUAAUUAUAAACCUGAAUUCCCUUCCCAUCACUACCUCUGUGGGAUCUCUAAAUUGUCUUGCCAGAAUUAGGGUCUUUUAAUUAAAAUAUGGGAGAACUUGCUUUAGGUUUCCUAUGUUUUUCAACCCCGUGCCUUAAGAGUUGUUCUUUUUUUCUGUCAGAUCUGUGUUAAGUUUUGGUUCUUUCCUUUAUGUUUUAACCUUAACGUUGUUUUAGUGAUGUGUGUGUUCAGUAAUGUCAGAAAUCGGUGGUAUUUGUGUGAUUUUUUUCUCUCUAUUGAUAUGAAAGAGACUAAUUUACAGAGGAUUCUCCAGCUGUAGCAGCGGCUAUUGUGUGACUAGGGGCAUUUUAGAAUACCCCUUUGCUGAGUGUAUGUAUUUAUAUAUCCACAAAAAUUCCCCUACCAUUCUCUUGUUUUGAGAUUUGGCUCUAAAGUACCUGGAAUAACCUGGAAAUAUUUUAUUUUAUUAAGCACAUAGAGAAAGUUUCUUAGGAUUGUGAGAAAACAUGCGCAACCUCGGAUCUGAUGAGGUAUUUUGUCUUCUCCCCUCUCUUAGAGAGGUGUCUGCUAGACGGUGCUCUAAUAGUCAAUAACGAGAAACCUGAGGAGUGAGGCCCCAGGAGAGCCAGUACCUGGCUUUAAAGGGAUGACAGUAUGUUUGCUGGCAGAUUCAGAAUGGUGUCAGAGGUAGGGAUGGGGCUGCCCUUCCACAGGGCAGGAGGCCUCCUGGCCACUCCUCUGGCAGGUAAAGCCCAGGGGAAAGGCCAUGGCGAAGGGGCAGACAUUCUAUACCUCUACUACCCAGUUUAGGAAUCUCGUCAUUUUAAGGUGAAGCAUGUGUAGCUCCCUCCUGUAGACAUUAUGAGCCUCCAGAGCUAGAAGAUUCAUGGCAUAAAAUGAACUCUUGUGCGGAAUUUAUUAUUGAGUGGGAAUCUUUUUCUUGGUCAGGCGUUACUGGAAAAUGGCCUGCUAUUCCCCACUCCUGUAGGCAGAGUUCCAUCUUGGUACUGCCAGAAAAGCUUUGGAGUGGAUUUAAUAUCAAGAGCACCUAUGCUAGGCUCUUAACUAUUACCAUUUUAUGUGGCUAAUUUCCCCCUCUUCUGAGUUAGCACCCUAUUUCCUACACCAAUUUAGUCAACACGAGACCAGGAACGAACAAGAAGGAUGUGAAUUGGAAUCCAAUAGCUCUGAACUUCUGGUGCUGCCCUUUCUGAGCCUCGCUAAGAUCGAGGGGUGGGGUAACAUGCCUAGACUCUACAGUAGCAAUUUGGCUUUUAAUGGCAAGAAAUUGUGGUUCCUGUCCCUAUGCCCACCAACAGCUUUUGCUUCUGUGACCCCAUUGUUGUUUUCAUUUCAUUGAUUCUUUCCCAGGUACUAGGACUUAGUAGGUCAUUUCUAAUCGGUGGGCCACUUUUUCUCUCUCCACUCCCCACCUCCCCCACCACAAAUUUUCUGUUUAUUCUGAGAUGGUUUGUGAUCAUUAAUCUAGGCCAUACCCUAUAUACCCUAUGCAUCCGAGUGGGUGUCAGGCAUAGUGUGCUAGCAACAGUGAUGGUAGCAACCCUUCCCUGCCUUUGCCCCGUGUAUUCUCCUCCUGUUGUCUGCCAAGUACCGUUUACAUGUGGCAAGGGUGUGUGUGUGUGUGUGUGUGUGUGUAUGGAUGGAUGGGUAGGGGGCUGCCUAGAUUCUUCUCAAAAUGCCCUCAAUUUUUAUUUUUCAGGUUGUCUGACAGCUUUAUAUGUACAGUAUGUUUUUAGAAAAGCUCAAAUAGAAUUCUCUUUUGUAUUUAGGAGUUUAAUGAAAUAAGGAUUGGUUCUGAUGUGUGUAUGUGCAGGUGAGCAUUUGUAUGUGUAUAACUAUACAGAUAUAUAUUAUAUAUGCAAUUUUGUAUUACAUUUAAAAUAAAAAUGUUUCUUAAUAAAAUGUCAAAGUCUUUACCAUU